GGUCACACUCAGGCAGGUGGAAAUGGUGGAAGGUGCUGAGGAGGCUACGAUCCACGUUCCUCAGGACUUGACUCUUCAGUGUUAAGCCAUGCAGCACAGUGAAUGACUGAAAUAGAGACUGCCAUGGCAACAUGGGUGGAAGGGAAACCUGCCACAACCCCAAAGAAUACAUUGAGUGAUGUGAAUGAAAUUGUAAAUGAUACAAAGUCUCCCUGGACUCGUGUGAGCCCCCUUUCAGAUGCAAGCAAUAAAACCCUUGAACCUGUGACUCCAGUUUCUCCACAUUUAUUUGGUAAUGAUGGCAAACUGAAUUAUAAUUUGGGUUCAGUAACCAAACCUGUAGCAGGACCAAAACCAAGGCUUACUGCAAAACCGUUCGCUUUGGAAAAGUCAGCAGUGCCAUACACACCAUUAGGGACCGCACAGGCACCUCUCACACCUCCUAAGACUUUAAGUGUUACUUCUGUGUUAACAUCAUCAGGGAAACUGGCUGCAGAUACAGAUAAUGUAAAAGUAAGCUUCAGGAACACAGAGGCAAAACAUGCAGCGAGUGGAACUGUGUUGUCAGCAUCAUCUUCCUUUGCGCAAAAAUCUUCAGUGGGAUCUGACAAUAAAAGUUGGCUGAGGGCAUCCAAUUUCCAGGAUGGCGAUACGACGCCCAACUUAACUUCAACAGCAACACCAAAAACUAACAACAUGGCGGUUUCUUCUUCGACCACCACCUCAAAUCCGGAAAAAUCGGCAGAAGAAAAGAGUGAAUGUUCUGAAACAACACCAACUACAGUUGUCAUUUUAGAAACUUCUGUGCAGAAAUUAAAAUCAAAGAAAUCCAGUGAACGCAUUAAUGAUGCUGAGAUGUGCAGAGACAGUAGUCAGGAUCAAGAUUCACAAAGUACACCGCAGCCUUUUAAGGUGUCAAAGUCAUCCAUUCGCUCCAGGAAGUAUAGUCCAAGUGCCACACAAGGAUUUGAUACACCAAAACCUGCCUCACUCUCAAGAGCUACUUCAUUGGGAUGUUUAGGGAAAUGGGACCAGGUUACAGAGGAAGGGAAAGACAGACUGGACAAAGAAAGGGAUAGUACUGAAAACCCAUCUUCACCCAGGCUCCAUUUAAAGAAACCUGGACUAUUUUCUACUUGGCUUCCUGAAACCACCGAUGACCAGAAAUCAGACAGCGCCAUAAAACAAGAUGAAAAGCCUUUUAGUGUUGAAAAACCUUGGCUUAAAAAGCCCAGGCCUCUGUCAAUGGACCUCACGGCCAGAUUUGAAACCUCGGCUCACAAGAGAAAUAAUCCCCCAUCGAUGGACAUGAAAGAGAAUGUCCCCAUUAUUAAAGCUAAUAGUGCUGUCUCCUCAGAUACCAGCCAUUGUGCGGGAGUUGAACAGGAAGAGUCAGCAACAGUGGCGGAAAAGUGCCAGGCUUCAGCUUCUCCAAAUGACCAUGAAGACAAGGCAAAUAGCUGCACUCUUCUGGCGAAAAACAGGUUUGAUAAAAGCUCAAAGAUGGAUAUGAGUGAAAAAAAUAUCAAGGCACUCCCUUUGUGUGACAGGAGCAGCAAAGAGAAAAUUACUUCCGUGGAAAGAAAGAUUGCAUGGGAAAGUGACCCUACUGACAUCACUGUGGAUCAGGAGAAAGAGGAAAAGGAAGGAAAAAUAUUUACUACCUCAUUAAAAACUGACAAGGAGAAGUUAGAACCUGACCAUGAGCAGUUUACAACAUGGAAAAAUAAGGAGUUGAAUAAAGAAUGUUCGGAUCUGAAACAAACUUCAAAAGAGGAAAUCUCACCUUUGGGCUCAGAUGAUCGAGGAAGUAGAGAAAAUAAAAUUUCUGGUGGGAUAAUUAAAAGAUGCAUAAAUCUCCUCUUAGAUUCUGCUGGUGGGAACACAGCAAAAACAGACUGUCUGCAGUCUACCACUGAGAUAGAAAAGAUCGAUGUUCCUGUCAGGCAGCGAAUCCAAACCUUCACCUCAGAGAACAAUGAAUCCAAACAGGACCAACUCCAGGGUUCCCAAAGACAAUCAUUUAAGCCAAGACCUCUGUCUUCAGAUAUAACCAAAAGGUUUGAGAGUCGAGUCAUUGGCGAUGAAGGUCAUCGUGAGAAGCAGAUGGAUAUGACUGCCUCUUCAUCUCCAGAACACUUGAUCUUGCAAAACCCUCAAGAACAUGGCGGGAGGGAGAGCCUAGGAAAAGAAAUUGAAGAUCAAACAGAUGAGAGAAAGAAUGAAGAGCACUUGAUGGACACUGCCACUGAAUUUAGAUGGAGCAGACGUCAGUCAGUAAAGAAAGUGAGCCAAGCCUUUGAUAACCUUGCCACAGAUGAAACUCACUCUCAGAAAAUAAGCAGGAGAAACACCUUCAACAGGAAGGACAAGGUGAUAGAUAGACAAAUAAAUGACAGCAGUGAGUCUGCGAGUAUUACCUCAAUGCCCAAGUUUGGCACACAGAGUUUAGGUGAACAGAAAAUAAUCACCACAUCCACGGACAAUGACUUAUGCAUAAAAACAGUAAGAGUCUCUGUUCUUGAAAAUGAGAUCCAGCGUCACAAAGUACCAGAGGGUUUACAUGCAGAAGAACCCAUCCAAUCCUUCAAUAAAAGCAAGAGAUCAGAGCAAGUUACUCAGCCUGAGCUGAAGAAUUACACGACAUUGAAAACAACAUCGGAGGUGAUGUGUAAUGAUACAGAGACCAAUAAAACAAAGCCUUUUGAGCUUGAAGCCACAGCCUUAGGGGAGCAAAGAAAGACUCAUUUCAAAUCUGGGGAAGAAAAUAUUUCCAGGUUUUCAGUAAAUGCUCCUCCUUCUUCAAAAGUUGCUGCAAAAAAUAUUUCUGGCUUAUUAUUACCCACAGCUAAAACUGACGCCUGGCAAGAUACAAAUGAGAAAGCAGUCAGUGCCCUUCCUUCAACAACUGAAGGCAAAGUUACAACACACCGCACAAGGAAGUCACAUUCUGUGAUGAGCCAAACUACACUCGAAGGGGAUGUUUCUGGUGCAAGGGGAUAUUGGAAUCGGACACUUCCAGCUGAGAACAGUUCAACCCUAGAAAUACCACCAAUGGCACCAAAUUCUGAAACUAAAGUAGCCGAGACGCUGAACACCAUUCAACAUCAGUCAUCUCCUAUUGAGUUACGAACCACCAGAGUGGACUCAGAUAAGGGUGGAAAGAAGAAUAUUAAAAAGAUUCAGCAUAAUUCCCAUCAGAACACAGAACCCGUACUUAUAUCAAAAGACAGCUUUAAAGAAUUUGGUUUGAAAAAGGACAAUGAAGCCACCAACCAGGAACACCUAUCCUUGGCUGGGACCAUUGAUGUGAAAGAUGCAAAAGACAAGAAUGAUGUAGAAGGAAGUAAAGGAGCAAGGAGGUUGCAGCAAGAUGGUGGAAUUAAAGAAUUCAGUGGAAAAGUCCACCUAAAGGAAGGGAAAGAUAAGAGAAAGAUAAAGGCAUAUUUGGAGCCCAACCCUAAAUCCAGUCCAUCAGAUCAUAUCUCUGAUUGUUCACCUGGGCCGAGUUAUUCAAAACACAGAUAUACAUCUGAACGACUGCCUGUUCCUGACAGUCAGUUGGUUGAUAGACUAAAAGAUGUAUCCCCUGAAGAGAACUUUAAAAGUCAUCCUAAGUCAUUCACUCCAGACAAACCAAAAACAACCCUUUUGACUGAUGCGUUCCUGGACAUGCCAUGGACAAAUGGAGAAAGUAAUUCCUCAAAGACAAGCCAUGUAACACCAAGCACAAAAGACCCUAAAAUAGCAGAGUUUGAGAAGUUAAGAAAGAAUAAGGUUACUUCACGUCGUAGCAGGCAUACUAUAUUAGACCUUGAUACUUUGAUGGCAGAGUGGGGGAAGGAAAUGACUAAAAGCGAGAAUGAAGAAUCAAAGUUUUCUCUUUGUCAUGAUAAAAAGUAUAAUGACCAUUCCAGUCCUUUGGUGAAUAGUCCUUAUGUGUCCAGUCCUUAUGAUGAGCAAUCAUCCAAAAGGAUGACAAAAUCUAUCAAUCAGGACACUGAAAUAUUAUCCUCAUCAGAUAAAAACAAAGAUAUUGCUGAAAUGCUAAAUAAAAAACACCCACAACGUAAUAGUGUCUUAGACAUUGAUGCAUUGAUGGUUCAGUAUAGAAACAGAAAGCCUGUAGACCUGGCUCAAGAGUCCAGCUUUUCAAAGCGAAAUGAAGGAAAAUCUCCAAUUGUGAAAGUUCAGAAGAGCUUGUCGUUUACAUCUCGUGAAGCAAAGACUUAUAAGAAAACUGAUAGAAUAAAGGACCAUUGUGAUGAAGAAAUUAAAAAGGAUGUAUAUGAUGGUAUGCCUGCUAAUGUCAAGAGACCAUCCAAGGAUGAGAGAUGGAAGAGCACUCCAUCUUUGGUCUAUAAUGAAUAUGAUAAAUUGGAAAUCAGUGAUCUUGGUUUAAAUGAUCAGAAGUCGGAGGGAAAGCGAAUCCAUGAAGUGGAUACUUUGACCAGCACGCCUGUCAGUAUAAACAGGUGGCCUAAGCAUGACAAAAAGAAAAGCAGACCGUCCUCCACCUAUAUAAAGCAUGGGGAAAUGGAACAGGCUGAGGGUCUGACAGAUGGACUAAAAUCUGAUAGCAGAGAGAAGGGAAAACUCCGAGAGGGAGAUCAGAGUGGUCCAAAGCCAAGGCACAGAAAAAACAGGAGUGAAGAAAGAAAGUUAGAAAUAACCCCUAUUGAGAAAGAAGGUUUGCCUCAAGUGUUUGAUGGUAAUAACUCUGACAGUAAAACUAGUAUCUUGGAUUAUUUGACCAGAUCAAAGAGAUUGGCUCACAAUUCACCGCAACAAAUUUUGGAGAAGGAAAAGUAUGUGGAGCUGUCAGUUGAUGAUGAGCUGGGUCCAACAGUAGGAAAUAGACCAGCAGUCCGUAAAGAAAAUUCUGAACAGAAAUCUCCUCAGGCCAAGAAUGAGUUUUCGAAAGACCCGAAACAAUUGGUCCCAGAGCACAUGAUGUCAAGGCUUUUGGAAAGUUAUGAGCAGAUGCAAAAGGCAGUCGAUGGUCUGAUUAUGAAUCAGGAAGGAACAUCAAAGUUCAGAGGCCAUGAAGGGAAAAAGAGCUACUCAACUGGGGAAACCCGAAGCCGAGUCUCAGAAACCGUGGGUUCUGACAGUGUGGAAAAGGAGCAUCCUGCAGCACCCCCAAGCAAAACACAGAGGAGAAUCGGGGAUGUGACCCAGUUGACCACAAAGACCAAGAAACAAAAUGAGAAGAAACUAUAUUCCAGGCACAGUGCACGCCAGGAGACGAGCCAAGACCCGAAAGUGGAAAGGGUGACGCAAUGCUGUGUAAGCCCCUCUACAAAGGCAAAGGACACCGAUGCCCUAGUACAAGAGAGAGACCAGUUUUGCAGUUCCGAUGAGAGAGAACAAUAUGGCACAUACGAAGAGAGAGGGUCCAGCGCAAAUGAAGAGCGCGAUGGGUACUGCAAAUACCUGGAGCACAAACCAAGCCAGCAAGAAAACUAUAAGGCAUUGACACCCUGCAAGGAACCCAGUUCCAUUCUGGCUGCAUCCCCCAGAAAGGAACAUGUACAAAGUCAAGCAUCAGUAUCCUCACAGUCAGAGAUGACCCCUUCCAGUGAGCAGCCAAGCUUCUUUCAGGAUCCAAGAAAUAUCAAUUAUGGCCUUUCAAGUUAUGAAUUGGAAUCGCCAGAUGAUACAGACAGUCUCCAGUCCACUGAUCCAUCUACACAAAAUUGUCCACCUUCCCAGGGAUUCUCAUUUUUGGAGCCCGUUACCACACUGGACAGCUGUGCUCAGAAGAGUCGGAUACAGCUUGGCAGGAAAACGUUACGUCGGGCACCAACAAAACACAAGAAAUCAGGCUUUGGAGACCAACCUGAUGGCACAGAUCAGUUCCACCACAGGACUGACGAUUCCUGGAUGUAUAAAGAUUCCACAGAGUCCAGGCCAACUGUACAUGAAGAAUUGAUUGACGAGGAGGUCAUAAGACCCCAGAAGCUUACAAUAUCUCAGUGUCCAAGAGUUGCAAUGUUUCCUGGGAUGGACCCCUCAGUACUAAAGGCCAGUCUGCGGAGGAAUAGAGCAGAGAAUGACAAUGAUGAAGAUGAAUCAAGCUGUGAGCAGCAUUGCAGAUCUUGCAGCCCUCCUGCUCCGCAAGGGCUCAGGGUGAUGCCACCUACAAAUAAUAAAGGAGAAGGGUCAGAUGAAACGCCUCCUCCAUGGUUACAGGAGCUAAAAUCAAAGAAAAGACUGAGUCAGCAUCAACCAGACAAGAAAAAUGAAUGAAUACGCCCCAAGAGGAAAAUGAGUCUUGAGACAAGCCUUAACUGUCCAUCAACUUUGAAACGAAAGAAACAUGUGCUGCUGCUGUCGCUUCCUGCCUUGCUACCUGCAUGGUGCCUUCCCAUAGUAAUUUGUGAAUAGGCUGCUUAAAAGUUCAUACAUAAAAUAGAAUAAUGCUAUAUUUUGUCAGAUGCUAGGGUUCAUUGCCUGAAACCCUAAGAAAUGUCACUUUAAAAAAAAUAAUAAAUAAUAAAAAAAAGUCAAAUGGCUGUGAUUGAGCUGGGUGCUCUCCACAGUGCUUCAGUUAAAUGGGUAGUAUGUGUGGAAAGAAUGUGACCCAGGAAGUUCAGUCGUCCAUGGCCAAUCGCCUGCUGAGACUCCACCUAUUCAGGAAAUCCUUGGAUAGUGUGCUCAUGUAAAGGACAGAUGAACUGAAUGCUUUGGAAUGAAAUUCACCACCUGCCUGACUAGGAUUGUCCUCCAUUGUUGACUCUUUUUGAGAACUCUGAGGCUUUGGUGCUAGUGGAAUAAAACAAAAAGAAGGCUCUAAAAAUUAGUUCCUUA